AUGAGUCACACAGGCUGCAUCUUUGAGAAAACAAGCUUGUCCUGGAGAAAUAACACCAGGAGAUCAUCUGCGAAUAAGCAUGGGAGGAGCUGCAAGUUCAGGAUUCCUUGGCGGUAUGAAUUGUCCCCCAUUGAGUUUCUGAAGGAUGUUGCAGAUAAAGUGACAAAAGCUAUAUGCUUGAGGUCUGUGAGAAAAUCUUCUAAGCGAAAUUCAUAUUCCACGGGAAGAUCAAAACCAAUCGGAGUAUCUGUUGAUUAUUGUAGGACAGAAGCUGUUGAGGACUGCAUUGAGUUUAUCCACACCUCCUUUUCUAGAUCAAAUUCAGUAACUGCAACACCAGGAGAAGAUUUUUCACAUACUUUUUUGAAAAACAUGGAAUCAUAG